AUGUUAUCCGCAUUCACCGCGCGGCCGCUUGUCGAGCUGAAACCGCGCGACAAAUCCCAAAUCACCGCCGUCCUAGCCCACGGCGACCGGCUCCUCGCGGGCCUCAGCAACGGCAGUCUCCGCAUCUACCGCCUGAACGACGACCAAAGCACCGACCUCCUCCGCGAAGAAGACAAAUUCGCCCGCUAUAAGAUCGAUCAGCUGGCCCUGGUCAAGGAGGCGGAGGUUCUGGUCUCCUUGGCAGGCGGGUAUGUCGCUCUGCACGAUGCGCAGUCGUAUGAGCUGCAGGAGCAACUUGCACAGACCAAGGGCGCGGGGACGUUUGCCAUCACCUCGAAUGUUGUGACUGAUUCCGAUGAUAUUCCUGUUAUUAUUUCGAGAAUGGCGGUCGCGGUUAAGAGGAAGAUUAUGCUGUGGGUUUGGAGGGAUAUGGAGCUCGAAACCCAUGUCUCGGAGUUGAGUCUUGCGAGUGGGAUUAAGACGCUCACUUGGGUUUCGGGGACGAGAAUGGUCGUUGGGUUGACCUCGGGCUUUGUGCUGGUUGAUGUUGAGUCAGGGGAAGUGACCGAGCUGGCGGGACCUGGGAGUAUCGAAGAGCCCGGCCGGUUUACAGGGGUUGGGGCCGCGAGCAUGAGCUAUAUCGGGAUAGGAGGCAUGGUUCCCAGGCCACUGGCAACAAGGCUCUGUGAUGGUGAGAUUCUGUUGGCGAAAGAUAUCCAUACGCACUUUAUCGAUGUGGACGGUCAAUCGCUCGGCCGGAGACAGAUUCCCUGGAGCCAUGCGCCCGCCGAGCUCGGAUACUCAUAUCCCUUCCUUCUCGCCUUGCACGAUGCGUCGAAGGGCGUGCUUGAAGUACGCAACCCAGAAACACUGACAUUGCUACAAUCUAUCCCCUUGUCCGCUGCCAAAAUCCUACACAUCCCGCAACCAAACAUCAGUCUCGCGCACGCUGGGAAAGGGUUCCUCGUUGCAAGUGAUCGAACCAUCUGGCGCAUGGAGGCUCUGAGUUACGACACGCAGAUUGACUCCCUGAUCGAGAAUGGGUAUCUGGAUGAAGCUAUCAGUCUCCUAGAUAUGCUGGAAGAUGCGCUGCUUCGGGACAAACCCGGCAGACUGCGUGCUGCGAAGCUGGAGAAGGCGCAGAGCCUUUUUGCGGCGCAUAAAUACCGCGACGCGUUAGAUUUGUUUACGGAGGUUUCGGCGCCGCCGGAGACGGUCAUUCGGCUUUAUCCGCGUGUGAUUGCGGGGGAGCUCUCGGCCGUGGAGAGUGAUGGGACUGCUUCUCAGGAUGGCUCUGAAGCUGCCGCUGGGGGUGCUCCAUAUGCGGGUUCUGUGAUAUCCUUUUUAAGGAAGACAGAUGAAAGUAGUGAAUCGGGCAGUAUCCGGGAGGACAAGACCCUCAAAUCGGCUGUCCGUGAGCUACAAGGAUAUCUGGCCGACGUGCGCCGACGCUUCCAGCGCUUCCUCAAUCCCGAUGGCUCUCUCAAGGACCGGCCCACCCCCGGAGACGAAGCCAGCGAUUCCGUCCUUAAGCUGCUUGAUUUCCCCGACGAUUUUGAGACAGCUAUCAACUCCAAAGCCCGGUUAGUCGACACGACUCUGUUCCGUGCACACAUGUUCGCCACGCCCUCGCUGGCUGGAUCUCUCUUCCGUAUUGCCAAUUUCUGUGACCCAGCCGUGGUUAUGGAGCGUCUUGAGGAAACGGAGCGGUAUAACGAUCUGAUUGAUUUUCUCUAUGGCAAGAAACUCCACCGUCAAGCCUUGGAGCUCCUCCAGCGUUUUGGCCAGUCAGACUCGGACUCAAUCCCUGAUGUUCUUCGCGGCCCAACCCGCACAGUGGCCUACCUCCAGAACCUUUCCGGGGAUCACGUUGACCUGGUCCUUGAAUUUGGGGAGUGGCCCACUCGCACAAAUCACGAGCUGGGGAUGGAGAUAUUCCUGGCAGACACCGAAAACGCAGAGACGCUGCCCCGGCACCAGGUUCUGGAGUUUCUGGAGAACAUUGAUUCUUCUCUUGCCGUGCAAUACCUCGAGCAUAUCAUCGAGGAAUGGAACGACAUGACUCCCGAUCUGCACCAGCGCCUCCUGAUUUUGUAUCUGGACCGACUGAGUGAAGGAGAAGUGCAGAAGAAGUUCCUGGCCAUGUUGAGGGAUAGUGAACAGUAUUCGCCGGCGAAGAUGUUAGACCGUCUUGAUCGAGACAGUAAGUUGUUUUCCAGUGAGUGGUCACACAAUCAUCUAACGGCAGUAGAUCCGGAUCUCUACGAGGCACGAGCCAUUGUAUUCAGCAAGAUGGGCCAACACCGACAGGCGCUGGAGAUCUACGUCUUCCAACUGGAAGAUCACGAGAAAGCAGAAGAGUAUAUCAUCCUGAAUUCUAGUGGCAACCACAUACUAAUCUGCCUUAGAUACUGCAACCGCGUGCAUCGCAGCGAACCAGCCGAAGAAGAAAUCUACCUCACGCUGCUCUCCCUCUACCUCUCACCACCACACGGCUACAAGCAACAGCAUGUCCCCGCGCUCUCCCUCCUCGCAAAGCACGGAUCCCGUCUCCCUGCCGACGCAGCCCUCUCCCUCAUCCCCGCCACGCUGCCCGUCCAAGAACUCGAGUUCUACUUCAAGGGCCGCAUGCGCGCCGUCAACUCGGUCUUCAAUGAAGCGCGCAUCGUGGCGAAUUUGCGCAAGUCCCGCGAUAUGCAGACGCAGGCGCAGCUCCUUCUUGGUGAGGGUGUUCGUGGCGGUGGCACGCGGGCGCGACAUGUUACCAUCACCGAGGAGAGGAUCUGUGGCGUGUGUCAUAAGCGGUUGGGCGGGAGUGUGAUCAAUGUGUUUCCCGAUAAUACGGUGGUUCAUUUGGGGUGUGCUAAUCGUGUUGGUCGGUCGGAGUAG